AUGUGCCACGAGUGCGCCGCCGCUUGCGCAAGUGCGAGAGCACGCGUGCUGGAGAGCGUUGCAUCGCUUCGCGCCAGCGUCGCCGCGCUCAAGGCCCGCGUGGCCGAGCUCCGGCAUGAGCACGACGUCCACGCGCUUCGGUAUGCCACCCUCUUGCAGACCAAGCUCGUCUUCCUCUCGCCCGACUUGAGUCGCAUCACGGCAGCCGUCGAAUACGCCCCAAAACUCAAGCUGUCUCUCGCGUCGCAUCGGCAACCAUAG